GCCGCGUCGCGCGCCGUGCGCGAGCUGAAGGAGCUGAGGCGCUGGUCGCCGGGCUCCGCCCUCGCCAUUCGGCGCACCGUCGCCACUAUUGCCAUCGCGCUACCAGAUCGGUCAUCGACCAUCGCGGUCUCCGUCGGGCAGAAGGGCUUCUGCCUGGCGGCAUGCGCGAGAAGCAGGGGCCCCAUGCUGAUGCUUGCGGGUCGCUGGACCUCGCAGCUGGUGCAGGCGGUCUCCGUGCUGCACAGGCGCGGCAUCGCGCACCUCUGCAUCGGGCCUUCCACAGUGGACGUGACCAUGGAGGGCGACCUCGUGCUUGGGGACAACGUGGGGAAAGUGCAGCUCCAAGGCCUUCUGAGCAGUCGCGAUGCGGGCUCUGGCGCAAGCGACGACCUGGUCAUCUGGUACCCCAAGGAGGUGCACGACCGAUUCGUUGCGGAGCCUCCGCGGGCGAGUGACGACGGGCCCGAGCCGCCGGACAUCGACGGACCCGCCGUGGACGCGUGGCAGGCUGGUGUUGUUGUCUUCUACAUGCUCACCGGCGGCCAUCCCUUCGGAGACCUUCGCGACCCGAAGCAGGAUGUUUCUUUCUUCCAGCAGGAGUGGCGGGAGGACGGGGCGGGGAACAGGCGCACGGUCCCUGAGGUCCUGGCCCUCCCCCCAGACCUGCCCCCGCCAGCUGCCCCAAGGCUGAGCCGCAGGGCCGUCUCAGCGUUUGCCUACGACGAGGGGGGCGAGCCCACGCACGAACGUCGCAACAAACUGAAGGAGGCCCACCAUACCCUGGUUGCUUUCCUGCGGGGCUACCACCCCGCGCUGGACCACGCGCGCCAGCUGGCCCCCUUUCUGAACAAGGUUUACGGUUCGGAGGUCCCAGAGAGCGGCCUCCCUGAAGACACCACCUGGGAUGGCAAGAGUUGGGCCGCGGCCAGGGUGGUAGGGCACCUGCUGCGCAGCCCCAGGCAGAAGGACGCCUGGGCAGCCCAUCGCCAAAGCGUGGCAUCCAGCAGGGGGCCGAGCCCCUUCCGCCACGACCUCGCUGUCCUCGCCAGCUUCAUCGCAAGCCUGGACUCAGGUGCCCUCGCAGCCGCCUCCAUCGCCACCCUGGCAGAUCAGGACCCCUCGGCUGCCUACGCGGACGAGGUGGACAUCGGCGGGAUCGACUACGAUGAGGACGAGGGGGGGGGGGGGGCAGCGUCGCCCCUCCCCUCCGCCUCGCCGCCCCCGGGCGGGGCAGCGAACAACUCGGUGGAGCCCGAAGACAGCCUGCCCUCGCCCGAGUCGACAGGCAAGCCCCCCCCCUGCUCGCGCGCCGGGGAGCAGCGGCUCACCGGCCGCAGCGCCAGCCGAUCGUUUGCCCAUGGCGACGCGACUCGGCCGUUGGUCGACCCAUUCGACGGCGGCCGCGCGUGCAAGGAGUUGAUGGGCAACGUCGACCUCGAUGGGGCAGGAGAGGCACCAGCUGCCAAGAUCUCCCGUCUCCAGAAGACCCUGGGAGGAGUUUUCAGCAGCGUCUGGCACGCCUGCGCCCGCAAGCACCCUGCUGGGGCCAACGGCCCGAAGAGCGACCCCGCUCGGAACCCCGUGUCCACCCGCCGCAACUUCCUGGACGCCUGGAGGCGCUGCGGGCACGACGCCCACGAAAUGGACCGUCGGCGCGAGCUCCAGGUCAACUGGGGCCGCGAGCGCAACAAGCGGCGGCCCGCUGGCGCGGGGCACGUCGGGCCAGGCGGCGCGGCGCGGCGCCUCGCGGGCGGGGUCCGCGCUGCGCGGGGCAGCCGCGGGCCGCUUUGCACGGGCGGCGUAGGCGGGGACCUUCGCGAAGCGGCGAGGAGGUCCGCCGCGGUGCCCGAGGCGGGCAACGGCGAGGCGUUCGACGUGGAGGGCGAUUUGCUCGAGCCCGCGGUCGCGCGAGGCGCGGGUCGCAGGGCGUCGGACUGGCGCUACUGUGCCUACCCGACGCCAGCGAAGCUCGGGCCCAGGCGCGGGGGGGCGCCGAUCGUCGACGUCGAGCUCGACGGCCUCGUCACCUUUAAGGUGCUGGGGGCCGCGACGGACGCCGACGGCCGCAAGGGCAAGUGCAGCCGCGCGGGCUUCGACGCGAUGUUCGAGGUCGUGCGCCUGAGGGCUGAGCUCGAGGCGGAGCGUGUCCGGAUGGAUGUCGCCUUCGAUGACCCCGCCGAGGUGCCGCUCAUGCACUUCUGCCCCGCUGGCACGGACCACAGCGAGUGCUCGAAGCUGCCGUUCUUGGGCCACGCGGGGGAGGAUGCCUCUCGUGCUAAGUUUGACAGGGCCAUCCACGCCGCACGGGCGAAGGCGAAGGCACAGCAACGUCCCUCGAGUGCGACGAAGCUCAGGCCGCCCUCGAUCCCCGCGGAGGAUGACGAGGGGGCGGAGGACGACGGGGGCCCCGCCAGAGCGGGGGGGUUCAGGUUCAGGGGGCGGCGUGAGCGCGCGCGCGCCUCUGCGGUCGCUAGGCGCGAGCGCAGCCUCAGGGAGAACCUCGUGGGCCUUCGCGAUCGGGUGGCGGACAGGAAGCUCAGUCUGCAGCUCACCGCGAAGCGCAGGAGUGCCAGAUCCGUCGUCCGCCUUCGCUCCAGCAACUCACGGGCCCGUGAGGCAGAGGGCGACGAGGGCGUGGAGGAGGCCGAGGAGCUCGAGGAACCCUCUGCGAGGCGUGGCCCCUCGGGCAGGCGCUCAGACCGCAGGGGAGAGGGCAGGCAGUCGCUUCAGGGCCGCACCCUGUCGGAGGCAUCGGUCCGGGGCGGCGCAGACUCGCAGCCCAGGGCCAAGCGUGCUGUGGAGAGGAAGCCAGGCGAGAUCACGCUGCGUGCUUUGGACAAGAUGAUGUCGUGUCUUCGCGCUCGCGGCCAUGGCUCGGGCGACCUGGCGCGCCCCGUGAUGGUCGCGCACUUCGCGGGCGUCUCCCCGCCGAGUUGCCGGGGCAAGUUGAGCGCCCGCAACGAGCAGGAGAUGCGGAUGCUGUCGGGGGCCGUGGACUCGAUUAUCCUGCCCGACUUGGGCCGCGCUACCGACCUGCUGAUUCAGCAGUUCAAGGCGGUGGAGAAGCGCCGCGCCGACUGGGGGUCGCGGCGGGCGGCCGGGCACCUCGGCGUCGCGGGGGGCAACGAGGUGUCGGUCAUGGAGGGCGCAGAGCGCCGGGGCAUCCUCGAGGACGAGAAGUCGGACAUGAAGUGCGCGAAGCUCCAGUCCGAGGGCAAAGGCAGGGACGGCGGCAUGGGCAAGGACUCCAAGACCGACCAGCCGAAGCCGGGGACUCCAGCCUUCUUCGCCAAGAUGCGGCAGCAUGCGGCAGGCUGCCCGCGGCGGCAGCCCUGCCAGGGGCGCCCGCUGACCUCGCCCGUCCACGGGCGAGAGACCCCCCCGCGGCACAGGCUGAGGCAGAUCAUCCAGCCCGACGCCCUCAAGGGUUCCGAUCUCGCCGAGUUCGGAGAGUUGCUCCGCGCGCACCUCCCUGCCAAGCUGCCGGGGGUCGGUGGCAGCGCUGCGGCGGUGCCGAGCGGGGGCUUCAGCGGCGAGGGCUGCGGUCGGAGAGCGUGGCUGGAGUGCUGCGUCGUGGCACUCAACGCCAUGUGGCUUGAGGGCGACGCGUGCUGGCCGGAGUUGUGGGCGCUCGGUAAGGGGCCGCACGUCACUGCGGCUCGGGUGCGCGCAUUCUGGACCCUGGAGCGGCGCGUUGAGGCCUUCUUGGGACUGCAGCCUGAGCCGCUGCCGAGCGAGCCAGCGUCGACCUUCCUGGCGUCGCGCAGCAUCGGCUAUACCGGGGAGCGAGGGCUGGCCAUUCCCCUUCGGGAGGCGGGUCUCUUGAAGAUCCAAAGCAAGCCUCUGCUCAAUGGGCUGUUCGGCGUUCCCAAGAGCCAGGUCGCUCACCGCGACGAACGAGGUCUCCCUCGACUUGGGGGGGUCGACGACCUCAUGGAGGAUUUCUACUUUUUCAGGCUGCCCGAUGCUUGGGCGCCGCUGUUUGCGUUCGACGCGGUCCUCGACGCGGCGAGCCUCGGCUUGGGGGCGCCGUUCGGGGACCAUGUCUACCUUGGCGCUGUCACCAUGCCGAUGGGGUGUAAUAGUGCAAUGGGUCUGGUGCAGUAUGUGCACAGGCGCAUGCUGUCCGAGGCCGAGUUGGGACCCUCGCCGCUGCCGAGGGGCCGCGAGGCGCGCAAGGACAGGUCUUUCCCCGCGUUGCGGGGGGGCUCGGCCUUGAGGGAGCUCUGGCAGGGUUAUUGCGACGACGCGGACUACGCCGAGUUCGCGCGGCAAUGUUCAGAGCCAGAGGGGGGCUUCGCCGCUGGCGCUCGCGAUUGCUGCGCCCGGCGAGACGUGCCCCUUUGCGAGCAGAGUGGGGCGCGCGUGCCUUCCUGCCAGCGGCUGGGGGCCCUGGUCGACGGCAGAGACGGGCGCGUGCGCGCCCCCUCUUCCAGGGCAGCCCUCUGUGCCCAGCUGGCGGCCCAUCUGAUCGCGGAGGCUGUCGGCAGGCGCGAGCGCGGCACGGUCUUCCGGAGGCUGCGGCGCACCAUCGUCCAUUGGGGCGGGGGCAAGAGAAGCCUGCUGCCGACGGACGUCUGCGCCGAUCUGGCCCUAGCUCUCAGCCUGCUGCCGCUGCUCGAGUUUGACCUCCGCGCGCCCGUGGAUAGCAUGAUCACCGCGAGCGACGCGUCGGAGAGGGGUGGCGGAGCUUGCUGGACGAGGUGCCUCCGCCCAGGGUUUCGCGACUCGGCCUUGCCAGUCCCGGCGCAGGGCCGAGGUGCGAAUAGGGGCGAGGGCAUCGAGCUGUUUGGUGGCAUCGGCGGUGGGCGCAUGGCCCUGGAACGACUCGGCAUUGAGGUCAGCCUCCGCGCCUCCGCCGAGGUCUUCGAGCCCGCCAAGCGCGUGGUGCAGCGGCGAUGGUCCAACUGCGUCGAGCUGGGGGGCGUUCGCUCCAUCUCUGCCGAGUCGUUGCGUGUCCUCCUGGCGCGAGGGCCCCACUUGCGGGUUCUGUUCGUCCUCGGCGGGUCGCCCUGCCAAGGCGUCGCGCGGGUCAACGUGGCCGCGGGGGGCUGGGCCGAGGCGCGUGCCCAGCCGGUCGGGCACAUUCCCCGCGUCGCCGCGCCGGCGCGGGAGGCGCGCCCCGGGCUAGUGGCGCUGUCCUUCGCGGAGAACGCCAGCUCCAUUAGCGAGGAGGACCGCCGCCAUUUCGCCGGGGCGCUGGGCUCAGUGCCGAUCGAGCUCUGCGCCAGCGGCUGCAGUCCGGAGCCACCUAUCGCCCCCGCGGACCUCGCGAGCACGGGGCCUGCCGCGCGGGCUCGCUGGGGGGCGGAUCAGUAUCGCUACGCCCCGUGCCAGUACAAGUUCAGCAACGUGGUCUAUGACCGCCAGGGGUACCUCCGCCCUUUGACGAGCGAAGAGAGGGCCGUGCGGUUGGGCUUUCCAGCCAAGCACUGCCUGUGGGCCGUGCCCACGUCCGCGGGCCUUUCAGACCGCGAGGUGGAGGACGUGCGCUGUGGUCUCUACGGCAACACCUUCUCGGUCCCCGCGGUGGCGACGUUGCUGGGCCAUGGCCGGGCGUCGGCGGGCGCGUUGGCGCGGCCGCCGACCAUUGUUCAGUGCUGGGGGGCUGUCAACGUCGAGGCGGGCGAGUAG